AUGGAUCAGGAACAGCACAAAGACCCUGGCCUCUCCACAGCGGAGGUGGACCGAGAAGGUCAUCCCGACACGAGCGACCAUCCAACAGCCCCAGACCAAUUCGACGAGCGAUACCGCACAACCCGCCUGGAAAUCUGGGCUUAUUACGCCUAUUACAUUGGGAACAACGGGUUAUCCCUAUUCAACUUCGCACCAACUGCGUUCCAAAACCUCCUAUACCAAGCCGCGCCAUAUGACGGCUUCCUCCAAUUCGCCGGCCGGCAACGCUCAAUAAACAGCAUCGUCCUCCUCUCGAACGGGAUCUCCUUCGCCAUCCAAGUCGUGGUAUUCCUAGUAAUAGGCAGUUUCGCCGAUUUCGGCUAUUGGCGCCCAAACAUCCUAAUCGGAUUAUCGAUCGUCGCUUACGCCAUCGGGUUUGGCUGGUUGGGCGUACACACGUCGGAUAAAUGGCAUGUCGCGGUCGGACUGUAUAUGGUCGGGCUGAUCGCGUACCAGACCACACUUACCUUCUGGACCGCUGCGUUCCCUAGUCUGGCGCGGAAUACGUCUGAGCUCAAGGAGAAGGCGGAUGCGUAUUCUGCGGGCAGGAUUUCCCGUGAGGAAUAUGAUUAUGCGGAUACGAUGAUGCGCAGUAAACUUGCCAAUGUGGCGUUUUAUGUGCAGUCUGUUGCGGAGGUUUUUAUUUUGGCGGUUAUUGUGGGCAUUAUGUUUGGGUUGAGGGUUAAUGAUAGUGAAGCUAAUAAUAACUGGGGGUUGAGUGUGUUGAUUGCUUUUGUGUCGGGUGUUUGGUUGCUUGUUUCGAUUCCGUGGUUUGUGCUGGAGAAACGGCGACCUGGUCAGGAUUCCGGGAAUCGGUCGAUUCUUGUUGCAGGCUUGUGGCAAUUGUGGCAUGCUAUGAAGCAGAUUUGGCAUCUGAAGCAGAGUUUGCUAUAUCUCGUUGGUUAUUUCCUUCUUGGAGAUUCACUGAACACAACUGUGACUGUUAUUGCGACUCUGCAGAAUAGCAUUGUGGCUUAUAAUACCUUGCAACUGACAUAUCUUCUUAUUGUCGGUAUUGCUGCACAGGCCGUUGGCAUCUACGUAUUCUGGUGGAUCCAGCAACGCUUCAAACUUGGAACAAAAACAAUGUUUAACACCAUCGCCGUCGGAAUCAUCCUACUAGACGGCUGGGGCAUGAUCGGCAUCUGGACAGACAAGUUUGGCUUCCACAACACAUGGGAAGUCUGGGUCUAUCAAACAUUCUACGGUCUCUUCAUCUGCCCCUGGUACAGCUACUCGCAAAUCAUGAUUUCAGAAGUAACGCCCCGCGGCCACGAAUUCCUAUUCUUCAGUCUGUUCAGCAUAAUCGGCAAGACAUCCUCCUUCAUCGGACCCAUCGUCUCAAGUGCGAUCAUUGACGCCAGUCCGACUGGCAAUGCCUCGACGCCAUUUUACUUUCUGUUUGCGUUGAGCCUUGUUAGCUUUUUGAUUCUGUUUUGGGGCGUUGAUUUGAAGAAGAGUCAGAUUGAGCAGGAGCAGUUCUUGUUGGAUAAGUUGAGGAGGUUGAAUGGGAGUCAAUCUUCUGAUGAUAGCGUGGCUUAG